AUGAUGUAGAUGGAGGAGAUGGACAGAAAAAACAGCUGGUGAAUCCCCAUGUGGAGCUCCAGUUUUCAGAUGCAAAUGCCAAGUUCUACUGCCGGAUUUAUUAUGCUGGCGAGUUUCACAAAAUGCGUGAAGUGAUCCUGGGAAGCAGCGAAGAAGACUUCAUUCGAUCCCUCUCUCACUCUAUGCCCUGGCAGGCGCGAGGUGGCAAAUCCGGGGCUGCGUUCUAUGUGACUGAAGAUGAUAGAUUCAUCUUGAAGCAGAUGCCUCGUCUGGAAGUCCAGUCGUUCCUUGACUUUGCUCCACACUACUUCACUUACAUCAUUAAUGCAGUUCAGCAGAAGAAGCCCACUGCACUGGCCAAAAUCCUUGGAGUAUAUCGAAUUGGAUACAAGAACUCUCAAAACAACACUGAAAAGAAACUGGAUCUGCUUGUCAUGGAAAAUCUUUUCUAUGGCAGGAAAAUGGCUCAGGUUUUUGACCUGAAGGGCUCUCUCCGGAAUAGAAAUGUUAAAACGGACACAGGCAAGGAAAGCUGUGAUGUAGUCCUGCUGGACGAGAACCUUCUGAAGAUGGUCCGGGACAAUCCUUUGUACAUCCGUUCCCAUUGCAAGGCUGUGCUGAGAGCUUCCAUACACAGUGAUUCUCAGUUCCUCUCCAGCCACCUCAUUAUCGACUAUUCCCUGCUGGUGGGUCGUGAUGAUACCAACAAUGAGCUGGUUGUUGGGAUCAUUGACUAUAUUCGCACUUUUACCUGGGACAAAAAGCUUGAAAUGGUGGUGAAGUCAACUGGCAUCUUGGGAGGACAAGGUAAGAUGCCAACUGUGGUUUCUCCAGAACUGUACCGAACCAGAUUUUGUGAAGCUAUGGACAAGUAUUUCCUGAUGGUGCCAGACCAUUGGACAGGGCUGGGCCUGAAUUGCUAAGCUAAAACCCAUAUUGGGAAGGCACAAGAGGACAAUGACAUUAUAAGCCACUCUCUUCCUGUGGUCUGUCCAGCAGUAAGCAAGAAGAUUGCCGCUCCAUGUCUACACUGACCAUGUGUGUCACAUUGUGAAGUGUGAAAUCUGCUUGUUGCACUUUAAUCCUCCCUUG